GCAGAAAAACGCACGUGAUGUCAAUUUUACCGGCAUCACGUGACUUUCUUGGCAGCUCGCCCUUCGUGUUUCAGGGUUUGUGCUGUAGUUAAAGAUGCUCGUCUGUCUGCUAACCUUAUGACUUGGACAAAGGGGUGUAAACAGAGGACACGUAAAGGUUGGACAAGGCCGCCGAGGACCUUACCUCUGUCAGAGCACUGGUACAAAGACCUGUGGAAAAAAUGGAAAACAGCCCAGAAUCCCAAAAACUGAAUGGCCAGCCUGAGGGUCCUGAAGCCCCCUCACAGCCUAAAGAAAGCAUGCAGCUAAAAAAGGAAAUCUCUUUGCUGAAUGGCGUCAGCCUUAUUGUGGGCAACAUGAUUGGUUCAGGGAUUUUUGUGUCUCCGAAGGGAGUUCUUUUCUACAGUGCCUCCUAUGGACUGUCACUAGUCAUCUGGGCCAUCGGGGGCAUCUUUUCAGUGGUGGGGGCUCUCUGUUAUGCCGAACUGGGCACAACCAUUCCCAAGUCCGGUGCCAGCUACGCUUACAUCCUAGAGUCGUUUGGAGGCUUCAUUGCGUUUAUACGUUUGUGGACGUCACUGCUCAUCAUCGAACCGACGAGUCAGGCUGUCAUCGCCAUCACUUUCGCAAACUAUUUGGUUCAGCCGCUCUUCCCCACAUGCGAGGCCCCGUAUUCUGCUUCUCGCCUCAUUGCUGCUGCCUGUAUAUGCCUCCUGACCUUUAUUAAUUCUGCUUAUGUCAAGUGGGGUACCAGGGUGCAAGAUGUGUUCACUUACGCUAAAGUGCUGGCCCUCAUCGUCAUUAUCAUCACUGGGAUUAUCAAACUGUGCCAAGGUUACACAAUGAAUUUUGAGGACUCUUUUCAAGGCUCUUCUCGAGACCCAGGAGCGAUUGCUUUAGCCUUGUACUCUGCACUUUUCUCAUACUCGGGCUGGGACACUCUUAACUUUGUCACUGAAGAGAUUAAGAACCCUGAAAGAAAUCUUCCUCUUUCCAUUGCCAUCUCCAUGCCGAUCGUUACGAUCAUCUACAUUCUCACAAACGUCGCCUACUAUGCAGUGCUUGAUAUAAGUGCCAUCCUUGCCAGCGAUGCUGUUGCUGUGACGUUUGCAGACCACACUCUGGGUGUGAUGAGCUGGACCAUCCCUAUUGCGGUCGCUUUGUCAUGCUAUGGAGGGCUUAACGCUUCAAUCAUUGCUGCAUCAAGGUUAUUCUUCGUGGGAGCUCGAGAGGGUCAUCUCCCUGAUGCGUUGUCCAUGAUUCACAUGGAGAGAUUCACACCAGUUCCCGCACUGCUCUUUAAUUGUGCCAUGGCUCUUUUAUACCUGACUGUGGAGGACGUGUUCCAGUUGAUUAACUAUUACAGCUUUAGUUAUUGGUUUUUUGUUGGCCUGUCCAUCGCCGGGCAGAUCUACCUUCGCUGGAAAGAGCCAGACAGACAUCGACCACUGAAGUUGAGUCUGGUGUAUCCUAUCAUCUUCUGCAUGUGCGUUGUGUUCCUGGUGGCUGUGCCUCUUUAUUCGGACACACUGAACUCAUUUAUCGGGAUUGCCAUUGCCCUCUCUGGGGUGCCCGUUUACUUCUUGGGUAUCUAUCUUCCAGAGUCUAAGCGCCCACCCAUCAUCACUAAACUACUGCGUGCCAUUACGCGCUUCACCCAGUUCACCUGCUUUUGUGUGCUCACUGAAAUGGACACGAGUGAAUGAAUCACAUUUAAUGUAUUUAUCAGAUACUCACACCCACCACACACUUUAAUGACUUGAGGGGAGAAGAAACCAAGAUCUGGAGAUAAGGGACGCACAUAUUCCACACUGUUUAACUGCGUUGGAUUUCUCUUUUUUUGUUAUAAUUAAAGGUCUCUGUUGAGGCUAUGGUGCACUGUGGUGGUAGUAAUACUGCAUCAUGAACCACGUGGCAUGAAAAUAAGGUCCAGCUAAAGACUUCUGGUUCAGACUGGCGUCAGAGCACUCAAAUGAUGCAGUAUUGAUUUGUAUUGCUGUCAGAAGAAUGCGGAUUUGAGCAGGAUGCAAUGGUUGGGAAUAUGGACAAGUGCUCAGUAGGUAUUUGUCCUUUUUUUUCAUGGUUUUGUUUAAAAUUAAGUGUUUAAGAUAUACUGUCAAUUUGUUUUGAUUACUUAUCCACAUUUUUAAAGACAUCUUAUUAGCCUCUUUAUGGUUUCACACCCACAACCAUUUUGUUAGUGUUUGAAAUGUUUUUUUGUCUUUGCAAGGCCAAGGUCGAUUUUGCCACAUCACGCCUUAAAUUGGUUUUAAAGGGAAGGUGAUUUUAUACACUUGAACAUUUAAACCUGCUGCUAUGCAGACCUUUGGCUUAUAUACUUUGCUGCUUUUGUAUGUUUUAAAAAAAAUCACUUGAUCACUUUGGGAAAGGAAAGAGGAUAGAUGAAGAGUUUAUCAGAUGUGCUGGAAACAUUUGUAGACCGUAUUUAAGUAUUUUUGGACCUCUACUGUCUGCAUUUGUUUCCUUUUAUCCAUUUUUGCAUUAAAAAAAAUCUGGCAGAAGUGAGCAAAGGUUUGUCUGUAAUGCUCACUUCCUGGUGACCUGAGAAGGGCUGCAAAAACGGUGCAAUCCAUGGAUUGGACAUUACUGAAAUGGCAGUCAAACUCGCAAUAAACAUCAUUUGUUGAUAUUCCAUCACAACUCAGGAUGCCAGUCCAGAUAUUUUCUGAACUAUUUUACCUUUACAUUCCGAAAUACACUGCACAGGACUUUUAAACUAUUUUUGUUUAUUGCUUUUAAUGUAUGUAUGUUAUUUAUUGUAAAGAAUAUCAAUAAAAAACAUUUU